CACUGAACGAGAAUGCCUCCUAUGCAUCUAUUGAGGACGACGUACACGCCACUGGGAUGUCGGAAUGUCGGCGCUCGAGACAGCGCUACAGGACCUCGAGACAAUCAGCCAAAGGCGAGGGUGGUGCGAACAUGGCACGGCAAGAACACGACCGUCGUCGAGCUGGAGAUGGCGGAGCUCAAGGAGCUGGUGUCGCGAUGCUAACGGUGCGGCGGCGCGCCUUGCCAGCUGCUUCAUGGGCAACGCUGUUGGACGAGGCGGCGAUGGACGGGACGCAUGACUCGCAGGCGAUAUGGGCACUUCUCAGCAAUCUAAAGUGCGUUCGCGACCUCCCCAGGUGCGCCGCGUCCCAUCACUCACGGUCGCUGUCAUCGGUCCUUCCGACGCUUGCCUCAAUGCCAUUUCCUCUACCCUAUUACAUCCACCCAUCAAAGGCAACCCUCCGAACCCGUUCUCCUCGGUCUUGGUCCGUCCGGGCGGCCUGGCCACGAUGUGAGGUGAGGAGGUGGGUGCGAGACCGGCGGGCGUGGGCUUACCUGCUUGCGAGGCAAAUGAACGCGGUCUGCGCGGGGAGGCAUGUGAGCGACGGGCAACGGGCGAGGCGUUCGAGUGGACUUACGGAAGAGCGGUGGAUGGAACGGUGUCCAGGUCGGAUGGGCUUGCUGUCCGCGUGUGCGAGUCGUCCUGGUGCGUAUCAGUACUCAGUGGUCAGACAGCCGCGAUCUGCAUGCACAGCGUACCAGGACAGUCUAGGUAGCGAGUCUGGGCCGGGAACAGUGUCAGCGACGGUCUACCCAGAACAUCGUGUGGACGUGACUUACGCGAGGAGCGACGGAUGCCGCUGCGUCCAAGGUCCCGGUCGGAGGUUUGCUGUC